AUGGACGAUUACAAUGACUCCUUUGAGCAGACCUCCUCAUCAUCUUCAGACAGCGGUAACGCAGAAGCGGAGAACCUGGAGACGAUACCAUCAGCUGCGACGGAGGCCUUAGACUCAUCCGUAUCGCAAACCCCUGCCGUACCGGUCCCUCAAUUUGUGAACAGCACGAACGAUGCGCGCAUCGAAGCACCUACACCGGAUAUGGUGCAGGAAGUGACCCAACAUAGUUUCCUCACUCAAGGAUCGACGAUGUCGUCAACGGACUCCUUGCCCAGUUACGGGGCCCUCGCAGAAAGGCGACGGGCGGCGAUAAAUGCAGUGGAUGAACCUAAGUUCCAGUUUCUCUCAAACUUCAAGGCCUUCGAUAGUAUCUCGCACAGUCCCAUGGACACUCCCCUCAUAGAAGGUGGGCUCGCUUUCACUCCAGUGCAUUCAGGCAAAGAGGUGAGUCUCAGUGGUGCGAAUCACUUGUCGGUCACUAAAACAAACGUAACUCAAUCAUUCUCCAAGAAUGAUAUGAAACGGAAAUUUACGAAAAAGGAUUCCACGCUUCGAGAAGAUAGCAGCAGUGUCUUCAGUACUCUCUCGCAGCAUUUAAAAACGGCAAAACAAACACAGGUAGUCCUGGAGGCUGAUCCAAGAGCUGCCUCCGUGCCUCAUGAAGCAUCUCUAAUCCAAGAUGUUGACCGUGAAAUACAAUAUGAUCCGCCCAACCCAGAUUCUGCUGUACAUCCAGUGGUCAUCAAACCAUCGGUAAAGGAUAUCAAAUCCGCACCCCCUAUCUGUGCUUCGCUCCCAAACCUACCACCGUCUUCCUUGCUCAUGAAGAACAUCGAGGAGGCUGACCAUAAGCCAUCAAAUCCGCCUAUGACGACUCCGACAAGUAACAUGCUGAUCACCACUGCUCACGAGGCGGUACCGCCACUACCACCUCCUCGGAUGGUACAGCUAUCCCCCGAAGCCCAAACAUUUACUAUAGAUCCGAAGUUGUUAGAGCUUCGCGAAACUUCUGAGGCGGUGGAGCGUUUGGUCAAGGCCUUCGCUUUGUUGCGAGGGCAGUUCACAGAACAAGCUUCCCCUGACAACGCUUCCUUCCCGCCGUCGUUUCAGACCUCAGCAAAGGAAACGUUGACCUCAACCGCGUAUCACAAAGUUCGCGGCGACACGACCGUGCGUGCCAUUUCGACGAGAGCCCCCAUGCAACCCCCUUAUGUUAUAGCCUCACAUCUGAAUUCGCCACCAUCCGUCCAGCAUCCUCCUCCACUGACUCCCAGCUUGUCUGAGGAUGAAAUAACUGCGCUAAAAGCAAAUGAAGCCAAGGUGGAGGAAACACUCAUGGUGUGCGUGCUUGAAAUGCUGAAACGAGAGCUGGCUAAUCCUCAACGUGUGCAAAGAUUAGUAGAUAGCCUAAAGGCUCGACCUCCCCAUGAAAUCAUCACAGCUGAUGAAUUCAAGGCAAAUUCGGUUUCUUUUGGUAGUAGGACGGGUGCUACUACUGCAUGUGGUGAAAGUGUCCUACACCACAAAAACAUUUACUCUGUCUUUGACAGCGACAUGUGUGUGUUCGAUGGCUCCGAUGAAGAUGCCGCGUCGGCGCUCUUCAAUUCCAUCCAAGAAGCGAUUCAUAAAUACGUCUUCCAUCACGUGGUGAACGGUAUCGCGACGCGCCCUCUGACAACGAAGCAGCGGACGGUCUCUCCCAUAACGCCUCACUUCUCCUGGAUUCUAUUGCUAGACCUAUUAGCUGUGUGCGAGGAGAUCACGGAGCUGGGCUUUGCUAGGGGUGACACAGCCCCCAUGGGGCCAUUACUGGUACGCUAUAACGGAGAUGACGGCUGCGAGUUCAUCGCGCGUAAUGCGAUACAGUGUUUGCCUUUUGAAGUCCUUGAAACGGUUGGCGGGACGGAAAGGCGAAAGCCGGUCUUCCGGCUCGAUUUUUGGGUCACAAAGGACAAAAUGCGCGUCAUAACGGCCGCCAUCACGGACUGCAUUCGCCAAAAUAUCGUGCACGAGGCGAGAGUUCGGCCCUACAUGGGACUGCUUGAAAACGACUUGGAAAUCGAUCCUACCGUACUGGUUCCAUCGAAAGGGCGUUUGUUCUCGUUCAUAAAACCAAAUACGCUAGGUAACACAGUUUGUACAACUGCUUGGGAUGACGAUACCUCAUAUAGGCAUGGUGGGUGGUCAUCCAAGGUCUACAUGCAGAAGCAAGGCUCGAUAAAGCACGGCAAAGACCUUGAGGAUAGUGAAAGCACGUUUGGGGUGGAUCAGAAGGCACUUCAGCAGAUGGCCUAUGCCGUGUCGGUGAUAUCAACUGAUGUUCUAGCUUCUUUCGCCUCAUCUGAGGGAAUAAAAACACCGAGUGUCUACCCGUCCUUCCGCAACACUUCCAACUACGAGGACCUUUCCAAAGCGGUUGCUGAGACAGUAUGUGAACUUCUGAAUGAUACUGCGGUAAAAGCAUCCAUAGAACGGCGUGCGCGUGAUAAGUUUGUCCAGAUGUUGAAGGAAAAGAAAGAAUAUCCAGGAAAAAAUCAUCUGGAAAAGGAACGCCUAGUUAUCGAGAGGGCGGAAAAGGAGGCCGAAGACAUGAUUAAACGCAUAGUGCAACAAAUGUCUCUGAAGACCUGUGAUAAAUGA